AACAAGAAAAUCUCUCGGACGAAAAUAAAAAAAUCAAAAGAAAGAAGCUGCAAAGUUUUGUUCAAAUAUCUCAGAGUUACCCAGAUUUUCUUUUGAGAUUUUUAAACUAAGAAAUCUAGGUCUAUUUUUGAAGGGUUUCUUGGGUUUUGUUUGAGGAUUUGAGGAGGAGGAUGGUGGGAGCUUUAUCAGUAAUGGGUGUAGUUGUAGACACAAAAACUCGUCCAUGUUUGUGUUUGGAUACUCUUUCUUCCUCUGCGAUUAAUAUGAAGAGCAGUGCAGAAUUGGGUUUUUACAAGAAAAGAAGUUCAUCAUCAUCAUCAGGGCACUUGGAAUUGAGCAGUUCCUUUGUUGAUGCUUGGCAUGAAUGGCGUCUUUCUGCUAAACUAGUUUCAGGAUUUGUGAAUCAGCACACUAGGAAACAUAAGAAAAUCUCUCGUGGUCUUGUUAUUUCUAAUAACUUGGGUGGACAAUAUGAAGAAAGCUUUGAAGAUGUCAAAAGGCAAGUACUCAAUUAUUUCACAUACAAAGCUGUAAGAACUGUUCUUAAUCAGCUUUAUGAGAUGAAUCCAACUAAUUACCGGUGGUUUUACGAUUUUGUAGUUGACAACAAACCUGGAGACGGGAAACGUUUCCUUCGUAUCCUUGUCAAGGAGAAUAUAGAGCUAGCUGAAAGAGUGAUGGUUACACGACUUCACCUGUAUGGAAAAUGGAUUAAGAAAUGUGAUCAUGCUGCAAUGUAUGAAGAAAUCUCCCAGGAGAAUUUGGAGUUGAUGCGUGAACGUCUUAUGGAGACUGUGAUAUGGCCGUCUGACGACACAAACACUGAAAAAAUUGGAUAGAAGGAUUUAAGCUGAAUAUCAUCAGGAUUUCAUUAGUUUCUUAUUUUUUAUUAGUACCUCUGUAGUGACCAAAAUAUUCCUCUUUGUAUCCAGCUCAACCUGUCUAGGCUCGGCGAAGUUUGUAGUCAUAUUAGUUUCAGAUAUCGUAAACAGGAAUGGUGCCGUUCCCUGUACAUGUAUAUACAUAUUUCUCAAAAGGAAGUAUUCAUUAGUCUCUAUUGAGGAAACCGAUUUUCAUUCA